CCAAGAGAUACCUUGUAAAAGCGGGCCUGGGCUUCUUCGGAACCGUGAUCGCACUCCUUUGAUCGUUCACACUAUUAUGUAAUAACAUUAUCUUUUACAUGUCACACUCGUCAUCUCCACUUGGUCUCCACAAACCCAAGUCAAGCUUUUUCGCGUAACCGACGACAAUCUCCAUGGCUGCGAAUCCGAUCCCUUUGUCCUCUCAGUUCUUUGUUGACCUUUCCUUGGAGUGCUUAAGAGAGUAGUUUCAACACGUUCUUUAGUACCUAGUUCUGAACCACCGCAUUCCUAUUGGAAUAUGGAAGCACCCUAAAUUUGCACCUACUCAAUUGGCCAGACUUAGCCUCGUGUUGGCCACGUUGCUCCGAUACAAGAGGAUACAAGACAGCUAUCCAGCGGACGAGGAAUAAGUACUUUGCAGUGCGCUCUCUUCUUGUCCUAGGACCUAUUGCUCGUUCACUAUGGUCAAAAUUUGCCCGCAGUUGGAAGCCCACGGGGCUUGCACCAAUCCCCUAUGCAAAGGGUACCACGACGUCCACCUCUGCGAGCUAUGUGGCGUUUUCUGCGCGUCUACCAAGUGGUACGAAUCGCAUCUCGCCAGCAAAAAGCAUCGCCGUAAAUUGUCUGGCCAUGAUGGACACCAGUACCAUUGCACUAUUUGUGACACUUCCGUUUCCGGUCACAGGUCUUGGGUCCAACACGUCCAAGGACAACGACACCGCACAAAUGCGCAGAACCAAGGUGUAUUGCCUGAGGUAGCUCCCGCUGUUCCUGAGGCGCUCCCUGGCAAGGUACUGUGUGGUGUCUGUGACAAACAGAUCCCAGAAGGCUUGUGGGCUUCUCAUCCUCAAUCCGCCGAGCAUCGCAGGAGGGAGGGCUAUACCGCGUUCAAAACUGCCCUCGAGGAAGCUGAGAAGGACAAGCACGGCGUCGUUCUCUCAGAAGGACUAGAUUUUGGGAUUUUGGAAAAUGCCGACGCUGCGCGGGGAGCAUCGCGAACUCUGACAGUAGAGACCACGGUGCCCUCAUCGCGGGUGACCAUUAAGAAGGUAUCUUUGUCCUCCUCGUUCGUGGGUGGGAAAUCUCCGUUUGCUAUUACAACCACAGCGGAAGGGGCGGUAUUGGGAUAUCGUCGCCCGACUGCAAUUGGUGUACGGUUUUCGACACCCCACUCUGGGCGCAUGGAUGAUCGUCUUGAAAUCCUCUUCGAAGACACGGCACUGCGUGUAACCUUCGUCAUCGCUAGGACGUUGAAGGCCAUUGUGGGCAGCCAAGCCGAUCAUGAGCUGUUGAAACCUAUCGCUCCCUUCCAACCUCGCCAACGGACUCGUGCACAGCCUGAGAAGGAGGUAGUGCCGGGCGUCCCCCCACCUUCUAAAACCAUCAUACCGUACACUGUCAAUUUGCCUCCGGCAAAGAUAUCGGAGUCACUCUUAGCUGCAUUAUCGGAAACGUCAACUGGAAAGGCGCUGGACCACAUCAGAAGAGUCUUCCUCCCGAGGGUCAUCGAUUCUUCGACGUAUUCGCGUUACUUCAAGACACUGCUUUGGAUAGAGGAGUACCGCAUGGAGCAUGAUUUGGGACACUAUGACAUUCCUGACGCUCAGUUAGAACAUCACAGACCGUAUUAUUAUGUGAAAGUUCCUGGGCUGGCGGAAAAACGCCCAAGUGUUUUGAUUGGUGAUCGUUUUCUUGUCCAAAAACACGGAGCUGUCGAGGGCCAUUGGUAUGAAGGCCAUGUACAUUUUGUUCAACAGGAAUCCGUCGGGUUACGAUUCGACAGGUCAUUCGGUGGCUGGUCUGAGCAGCAGCGAUAUACCGUACGGUUCAAGCUCAACCGCAUUCCUAUGCGCCGUCAACACCAGGCGCUGGACACCGCAUUUGCGUCCGAUAAGUUUUUGUUCCCUCAAAAGGCGCACAUUUUACCGCUUGCCCCUCGUCCUGGCGUGGGCCCUAUUAUGCCAUUCAAUUCGUUGAUUGCUACGAACCCACCCCAGCUCCAAGCCGUUACAUCUAUCCUUCUACAGCAAUCGGGUUCAGCACCAUUUGCCGUUUUUGGCCCCCCGGGCACUGGCAAGACUAUAACAAUAGUAGAGGCUAUGAAGCAACUGCUCAAACAUAAACCAAAUACACGUAUUCUUGCUACAGCACCCAGCAACUCUGCUGCUGAUAUCAUUGCAUCCCGGUUGGCGUCCACCCUUGGACCCGACGAACUUUUCAGACUUUACGCACCCUCAAGGGACUUUGAACAGGUGCCAGAUGAGUUGCGGCGCUACACGCACAGAAAGACGCUGGAAGGGCAAGACAAGGGCUGCUUCUCUGUCCCGCCCAUCCCAAUCCUCAAGCGCUACAAAGUUAUCGUUUGCACAUGUGUCUCCGCAUCUAUUCCGUACGGCAUUGGCAUUCCCCGCGGACAUUUCACGCAUAUUUUCGUCGAUGAAGCUGGUCAGGCGACUGAACCUGAAGUCAUGAUUGGGAUCAAAACCAUGGCCGACAAUGCGACGAACAUCGUCUUGGCGGGAGAUCCGAAGCAGUUAGGACCUAUCAUCCGAUCCAACAUUGCAAGGGAGCUUGGGCUGGAGCGAAGCUAUCUCGAACGUCUGAUGUCGAUGAAUGCGUAUGAAGCUCAAAGUGGCCAUGGCCUGAGCGUCGUCAAGCUUGUGAAAAACUUCCGGUCCCAUCCCGCAAUUUUGAAGUUUCCCAACGAGCGAUUUUACGCGAAUGAUCUUGAGUCAUGUGGCAACAAGAAUAUCAUACGCGCUUUCGAAGGCUGGAACAAACUGCCCUCGAAGAAAUUCCCGAUCAUCUUCCACUCGAUAUCUGGCAAGGAUGAUCGCGAGGCUUCGUCGCCCUCUUUCUUCAACAUUGAUGAGGUUACUCAAGUUCGCAAAUACAUCGAUCAACUCCGAGAUGAUCGACAGGUCAGAGUUGCCCACAAUGAGAUUGGCGUGAUCACCCCCUAUCACGCUCAGUGUGUCAAGAUUCGCAAGAGGCUCAGUGGCGUGGCUGACGAGGUCAAAGUUGGCAGUGUAGAAGAGUUUCAGGGCCAGGAACGCCGAGUCAUCAUUAUAUCGACGGUCAGGAGUAGUCGAGAUUUCGUUGCGUUUGAUCUCAAACAUACCCUUGGCUUCGUUGCGAAUCCGAGGCGCUUCAAUGUUGCUGUGACUCGAGCACAAGCUCUGUUGAUUGUGGUCGGAGACCCAAAUGUCUUGUCCCUAGAUCCUCUUUGGCGGUCGUUCCUGAAUUAUGUACACUUGAACGGAGGAUGGGCUGGGCCUGGGCCGACAUGGGAUACGACAGAGACGGUAGAUGAGAGUGGUGAAUACGACCAACAUGUUCGAGCGGCUGCAUUGACAGACAUGAAUCUUCUUGCUCGGAGGAUUGAGGAGGUCGUGGCGGAGAAUGUGCAAACUAAUGAAGGUGACGACGACGACGACGACGACGACGACGCAAACUCUGACAGGCCAUGGAGGGAACUGGAGUAGGCUCUCUUACUAGUACUGUAAUAAUAUGUUCAUAAAACACGGUUGUAAACUUGGGUAAUUUCCUUUGCAAUACUUUGUUUCAU